AUGACAGUUCGUCUUGCUUUGCGUGCUCGCAAGACAUUCGAGAAGUGUUUCUGGAUGCAUUGUGAUUCAAAAUCAAACCACCGCGCAUUACAUUCUAUCCCGACAAGGUCUUGGAUGCCAUUACAAGACUACCAUAGUUCUGUAACUGCGACGGCACCAGCUACAGUUAUCACCGACAGCAACGCUGUCCUCAAUUCCCAACAUCGAGAAAUGACGCCGCUUGCGCCUGCACCAAUGUUACAGCUGAAUACCACUGUGGUUAGUCCCCUCUGUUCAGUGGGUGCAAAUCCAAUAAUCUUUAUCAAUGUAAUGGCAUCUAUGGCAGCCCGGCCUAUGAGCGCAAGCAUUGCUGGAACAAUGAGUGGCUUGGUAGGAGUCAGUGCAGGUCUUAAACUUGUUCAUAUCGCACCUAUGCAAAGGUUACUUCGAAUAUUGCACACACUGCAUCCUGGCACCCUCCAUCGCUUUAUCCGAACCAACGGCAGCGCAUUUGAUCGAAAGGGCGAUCAAUGCCUUUGCAUUUUGCAUCCAAGCAAUGUUCAUAGUGAACUUAAGGUUACAAAUGUGUCGUCACUCUUAGAGCAGUAA